UCUCACACUGCGAGUGAACAUAUGCAGUUUUAGGUCUAUACAUGAUGAAAAAUUUCAAUCUUUCUACUGUGUUGCCCAACCACUGGAAUUUACGUUUUGGGUGCGUACACUUUUGCAAGUUUUGAUUUUAUUAUCCUUCAUUUCAUGCUAUUCUAGAAAUGACACACUUCUUACGAUUUUGAGACUCUCUUCUUCCAUAUAAUGGCGCAUGAAAGAAUAUGGAAAAGGAAAACUAAUGACCAGCUUGCAUAACUUGAUGAAAUGUAUCUACCUAUUUGUAUUUACGUUGCCUAUUGUUAGCAUAUUUUCCCAAACCUACCUCAAACCUAAAUGUCUUAACCAGUUAUUCUCCGACAGUCUGCAUUUCUAAAAGAAGACGGGCACAAUUUUACAGAAACGUUAAAAACCUACGACAACAAUGGAGUCAAAACGGGUUAAAAAACGACUAGAAUAUUUAGACAAAUCAUUAGAGAGACUUGUAAUUUUCUUCUUGGCUCUACUGAUCCUGCUAAUUUUCCCCAUAAACUUGGUUCAGUUUGCAGUAGUUGCGUGCUAUCGGAAGUUUGUGAUUACACUUGCAAGAAUUUUUAAGCGAAAAACACUAGCGAAACCAUUAAGUAUUCAGUCAUCAAUGGCAGCAAAUAUGGAUGCCAUGUACAAAAGUUCUACAUUUAGCAUUAUUGCGCCCGUAAUUUUGCAAGGGGUUCCUGAUAUUGAGCACAUUAGGCAAGUCAUAAAAGUGAAGUUGUUGGAGAAAAUUGACCCCAAAACGGGAAAGUGGUUCUACCCCGAACUGCUACAAAAUAUAAGCUAUUGGUGGGGAUAUGCCUUUUGGACGAAAUUAGACAAAAUUACGCCCACGCGGUUUAUCCAAGAGUGCGUACAUUUCUAUAAAAAUGAUGAUAAAAUGCAAUGCGACUUUCAGCAACUGGAAGACAUAACACGAGAGCUGUGCUUCAAGCCGUAUUCAAAAGAUAAGCCGCUGGUGGAGUUCAUUCUUAUUCCAAAGUUUAUUCCUGAUCUUGAAAAGCAAUGGUCUCAAGAUUCCACUGACGAUAAAAAGUAUUUCGUCCUAAUUCUUCGAAUCCAUCAUUCCGUAGCCGAUGGUUAUGCAAUUCUUCGUUUGUUUGAAAAUUUGAGCAUCUCUUCUUCCUCAGAUGCCUUCGACUAUUUGAAACCCCACGAUUACACUCAACAGAGAAAUGCAAACAGUUUGUCGUUUACCAUCAAAAUAGCGAAAUAUAUUGCUCUGGGCUUUAAAAUGAUUUACCAAGUGUCAGAAUACAUGUGCAAAAGCAUGCUGUACUGCAGUGAAGGGUCUUUAUGGGAUUGGCCUGCUAAAAGGCCUACCUCGCCCAAACUUUGGAAUGCGGUCCCUGUCGCAGAACUUCCAAUGAAACGAUACCAAAAUUACAAAACCAGUUGGGGAAGACUAUUUUACCUCAGUGAAAUCAAUGAUAUUAAGAAAAUUCAUGGUGUGUCCGGAACGGCAGUCAUGUAUGCAGCAAUUUUGGGAUCAAUAAGGCAAAACAUGUUUGCAGGGAGUAAAACGAUUCCGCCCUACAUGAGUUUUGCGGUGACACUUCCACUCCCACGGAAAAGCGAUAAGCUGAGAAAUUUUACUGCGCUGAUGACAAUGUUUGUCCCUUUGGGAGAGUCCGACCCAAUUAAGCGCCUUCAUAAAAUGCAGCAACAUCUCGACAUCAUGAAGCGAUCGACUCUUCCAGUCGCGGCAACCCUGCUGACCAACGGAGUCAUGGGCCUUGUUCCUCGAGCCUUUGCCAGUUUAGUUGAUGAAACUGCAAAACUCACCGAGUCUGCAAUCUUGUCGAAUAUGGCCGGCCCAAAAAAGUUCUAUGAUUUGGCCGGCUACCCAGUUCGAGACACUUUUUGGGCUACGGGGCAAAUCAUUGAUAGAAAUUGUGUAUUCAUGAAUAUAUUUUCUGGAGGAGGAAAGGCACGAUUGGCCGUGAUGGGACAUGCAGGGCUGAUAGAAUCAGAUCAGAAGGCUCAAAACUUUAUCGAUUCGUUUUUCCAAGAGUUGGAAAUUAUGAAAACUUCUCAGCAAAGUUAAGAAGGCAGUGAAGUUUACAAAAAUUUAAUGCAAUCUACUAGUAAUGAUGCUCAUUACUGUUCAGUGUUGUCACUUUAAGCAUUUAGAAAACCUUGAAACCUGCAUUACUGACCAAUAUAUAGUCAAUUGGUGAAGGUUAUAUAUUCACUCUACACAUGUACAUAAAUUGAUAAUUUAUUCUUCACUACAACAGAAGUCCAUUAUGAUUUUGUGGUUGUGUGUUUCUGGAUGAUUGAGCAAUAUUCAUUCAUAUUCAACAUUCCAUUAAAUAUCCCUGUUAAAAAAUACUUGAUUGUACGUCGGUUGUAAGAGCCAAAUUAGAGAGAACAUGAAUGACCUCAUUCUGAGAAAAAUAUCCAGAACUUGUUUCGUCUAUUUUGGCAUUGACGUGUACUUUACUUUGUCACGAGUGACGAUUUUGAACUUUUAAUAAUUUAAUUGAGACGACAGUUAGUGAGCCAAUCAGAAAACAAUUCCUUCGAGUUGUCUUCAUAAAUAUUCUUCAUAAAUAUUUUCAUAUGACUUGUGCAUUUUGCUGCACUUAUAUUUCUCAUAUUUCUCUAAUUGUUAUACGUCAUUUGUUUCGUAAUACUUCUUGCAUAAAGACGGAAUUACUUAAUACUUAACUACACAGGCAUUUAGAAUAUUUAUAUAUUAUGUAUAUGAAAAGGUCUACAUGACUAAUCCUAAGCAGAAUGAGUCCUUCGACGACCCGGUUUGUCUAGCAAUAAUUGGAAAGGAAGGUGAAAGUCGUAAUUGUAGCGUUGUAUUUUUAAUAGUGAGUCGAAGCACAACAGAUUAUUUAUUUCUAGUGUUUCUCCGGGUACGCGAACUAUUUCCAUGCAUUGACAAUCACAUUCUGCUUUAUCACAUUCUGUCAUCUGCGACUUUGAUAUCGUCGCAUCGUUAUUAAAACUCAUACUCGCUCAAAGUCAAUGUGUCUGGCUGGAUGGUAGUGAAUUUUCGCUAUAAAACUGUCACAAAUUGGAUAUUUAGUCAUUAAACUGCCCGUUUACGAGAGAAUUUGUAUAAUUAUUUCCUUAACUUUUAUUUACCGUGUAAUUUUUGUUCAUUUACUUAGAAAUCAGUCUGUAAUUAACGCCAAGGUCUUUGUAUUUGGGGUUAGCAUCAAAAUUUUAAGAAAAGUAAACAGCAAUAAACUAUUAAAGCCGGACAGAUACGUAUUACGGCGCAGUGGGAAACCUUGAUACAUAUCUUCAGCGUCUACUAAAUAGUGCUGAUUUCAAUUUAAGUUAAAAUUUAAAAAUUGUCAUUGUUUAUUAAUUCUUUUUGUCCACGGGAAAAGAUGCAUGACUUUCAUUUGGGGACAUGGAAGCUAGUUUUUGCCUUCAGCAAAUUAAAUCUUCCUCGAACCCCAAUAUCAGUCAAAAUGUUGGGCCGCUUACCCGGUCAAGCAUGGCUUAAACGAAAUAGUAACAAAAUUGGAGGCCUAAGAGACCAAUUUUGGCGAAUCUCCUCCAUAUUCUCUAUUAUUUUUACAAUUUACAUUAUCCUAUAUCUCACCAAGCAAUUCCUCAUUUCCAAAUCAGACGACUUGUCGCUCAUGACAGUUUUCUUUUUCGUGCUUCACACCGUGAUUGGAACAGUGGCAGUGAUGGCGUUAGGAUUCACGCGGCACAGUGGCAAUUUGCACGUGAAUAUCAGAAGUUAUUAUUUCCUGCAUCAAAAAUGCAGAGGUUUGUAUAUAUUGUCUUAUAAUCUAAAUGUUCUCAUUAAAAAUAUUGAAAACCAAAUAUUUUUAGCUAUCAACCGUACAACGGCUGAACAAGAUCGGAAAUUUUUCUUCGGACUGAAAACCACUCUCAUUUUAAGCGCAAUAUUCUGUUUUUCAUUUCCUCCCAUUGGAUUCGUUUUCCCGUUCGUUACUAGUUCGAUUCCGAUAGCAAAACUGACCCAGGACACACUCGAGGCUGUUGGAAUAUCGCCAUCCUUUUUCAAUGCUGGCUGCCAAAAGUUUAUUUUCCAACUGGCAAAGGCGCUUUUAAACUUGACUAUUUUCGGAAAUUGGGGCCUAGUAUCUGUUAACAUGACGUGUUAUAUCAUUUGGUACAUUCGUUUUGCUCUGGAUUUGUUGGACAACCUGGAAAACUGGACAUUGAAAAACAUUUGUUCGAAAAAGCCAAUAGCUGGACAAUCUCAAUGCAACAAUAAACCAUCAGUAGUUGGACCCGUGAAUAAUAAUAGACGCAAAAAAGUUUGGCAUAGUUUUAAAGCGGAUGCAAAGUUACACCUUUUCUGCCGACUUUACUCUGAAGCAGCCAUUGGAAUUUCCAUUUUCAAUGAUUUUGUGAAGUGUACCUUUUCGGCCGUCUUAUUUGGGUCGUGUAGCAUGGCCAUUCUUUCUGCAUACGGAGCCAUCCGAUUUUCCAACGAGGCGCACUUCAUUCUCCAGUUCACAUUCAUCUUUGGCCUGGUUUUAAUCGUGUUUCUCACGUCUGCAGUUAUUCCGGCCGCGUGCAAAAUUAAUUACAAAUCUUCAAAUGUGCUAUAUUUCUGGGGAUGUUAUGCGAAAUCUAAAACGGCAAGUCAACAAAUUAAAUGCUUGCAACCUCUCAAGGUUAUUUUUGAACCGUUCUUUUAUGGUCAUCGGUCGACCACCUUGACCAUAACUUCCGUAUGUAUUGACAUGCUGGUGAAUAUGCUUUUGUACAAGAGCUCGUUCGAUGACUAAAGUGACGUGGUAAUGAGUACGUGCUAUGCUAUGCAUACAUGCGUAUAUCCAAUUUAAGGCUGUCUCGGGGGACUGAAAUGUGACUGUUUUUGAACACUCAUUAAUGUUUCGAUUGUUUGACAGGCAUCGCAUAUAUUGUUUACGUGUAAAUCGUUUUUGGAAAUUAUCGACAUGCUAAGCGGACAUUGUCCUUUCAAUAAAUACGUUGGUUUGGUAGAGUUUUCCGCUAUUGUCAAAUUUCCCGACGGGAAUAAAUAUUUAUCCACAUCAAGUUCGGGGACAUCUCGCAUAUCAAUUCUACAGGGUUAUAAACGAGUUUGUUUAAUCUAUAAAUAUCUCACUGGAUAAAAUAUUGUUGUAGACGAUCGUAGCUUGAUUAAAAUGAUAUGUAAAAUAUCCCAACUUUAUAAAUUACAUAGGUAUUUAAAUACGUAUAUAUUUAUAUUAUUAGAUAUUUUUAUUACUCAUGUUUGUGCGUAAAAGUAGCAACAAAUAAAUUAUAUCAACGACAUGAAUUAACCUGUAGACUACAAGUUGUAGUAAAUAAGUUAUAAUAGCGUUCCUGUUGUCUUAAGCAAAUAAAGUGGCUUUCAGCUCCUCUAAAUUGACUGUUA